UCAUGAAGCAGGCAGCUUGGGCACCGGAGUGGCGAUGGCGAGCAUAUCAAGACACCAGGAACCCCGCAAAACAGACGACAACGUCGAGCUGAAGCCACCCAUCACAUAAAAUUUUAGAGUCCCGUCUGCGAUAUUCUGCCUGACCUUAGCCACUCUGUAUUUCCUGACACCGUCGUGUCAUCGUUCGGAGUGCUGGACCACAUCUUCUUCUCUCCAGAUCCCAGCGCUCAUUCGGAUUGGUGGAUUUUCAACCAUUUUAUAUCGACACCGCUGGCCGAAUCGAGAUAUUGCGUGAGGGAAUACACCAGCCCUAUCGCAGCUUGCAUCCAGCAUCGGCAGUUUUGAGCCGGUGCCUGUGGCCAACGCCAGCCACGACCAUGUUAGAAGCCUACCCAAGCCCGCAGCUCCGGGGGCGUGACCGUCAACUUGGCAUCGACAGAGCGUCGUCCAAUUCACUGCUCAAUGAAUCACAGCGCCCGCGCCCGCUGCGUCUGCUAGUCGCCGCCAAUGGCUCAAAAGACGUGGCCUUUGCCGAGGCCAUCGCCGUUCGCCUCUCUAAAGAGUCGCAGAUCGACACACGAGCCAUCGUUGACGACAUGACGCACAGGCUGGCACAAGAGAUUAUCGUGCUGCAGAACCUGGGCUUGAGGCGGGGCGUCCCCGGUGGCACCACCUUCAAGGACUUCCAGGAUAUCCAGCUAGAGGCUUCCAGGCUGGUCGAGUGGGCCGACCUUCUCGUACUGGCUCCCAUCGACGCGGACACGCUCGCCAAGAUGAUGUGUGGGAUAUCCGACACGCUGCUGCUGGAAGUGUUGCGGGGCUGGGAUGCCUCCAAGAGGAUCCUCAUGAUUCCCGGCAUGAGCACCCAGAUGUGGGAGAACCCCGUCACGAAGCGUCAGAUGAGCAAACUGCAUCGCAAGUGGGGAUGGAUCAGAGUGAUGCCCCCCAUCCUUUGGCACUACGACCAGAGCACGCCCAACCCCAAGCGCGUCGUCGAGUGGGAGGGCUUUAACGAGCUCCUCGGCAUCAUCAAGAACCAAGCCGACUUCCUCAAGCUCGGCCACGAUAUCGAGGUCAACGCGCAGCCCAACACACCGCCAGCGGUCAAGACGAAGGCGCAUAGCCCCCUCCCACCGGAGAUCUGGAGCAUGAUCUUCGAGUUCACCAACGACUGGGAGCUAGCCACCUCCCUAGGCGUCUUCACCACGCUCGAGAUGCCCAGUAGUCAAGGCUGGCGGCGCGAGCCCAAGGACCCCAAUGAUCCGCUCCAAGUCUUCAUGCACGACCUCGAAUGGACACUCUUGACAGCUGACACACAGGCAAUCUGCGACAAGCUGGCCCACGCGCCGCCCACCUUCCACGACCUCUCGGCCCUCGCCGUGCACCUCAUCUUCAAGUUCUCCCUCACGGGCGUGCUCAGCUACAUCGAGGCCAACCUGCCGCACAUCUUCAAGUGCUUCGACGGCAAGACGAUGCCGACCAAGGCGUCGGCGCCCUACGGCCGCACCGCCAUUCUCGACUGGUGGGCGCGCUCGCCGUCCUUCCUCGAGAAGCAGUACGGCGUCGAGGCCCUCAACCACGCCUCGGGCCGCGGCUUCGUCCACGUGCUCGAGUGGUGGCGCCGCUCCGGCCUGCCGCUCAAGUACGACGAGCAGGCCUUUGAGAUGGCCUCGGCCCAGGGCCACGUGCAUGUACUGGAGUGGUGGCGCGACGCGAGCUUGCAGGACCCGACGAUUACCAUCAAGCCCGGCCGGUCGCUGCUCGCGGCGGCGCAGUGGGGCCAGCUGGCGGUUAUACGCUGGUGGGAGGAGAGCGGUAUCCCCGUAGGCCACCAGGAUGCCGUGUGUAAGAUGGCGAGUCGGUGGGGGCAGGUCAAGGUGCUGGAUUUGUGGAGGCAGUUGCGGGGGGACGAUAAGCUGCAGUUUGACAACCAGAUAUUGGUUGACGCGACAUUUCAUGCGCAUAUCCCGGUGUUGGAGUGGUGGCGGAAAUAUGCGCAUGGGGAACUGCCCGGUAUGGGGGGACGGAGAGGGAAUAGGGUCGAGUAUAAGACGAUGGAUAUCGAGGAGGCGUUGGAGGACUCGUUGGGAGAUCAAACCAAGGUCAGGAGAUGGUGGGCUGAGAACGGGCUCAACUUGGGGCUCGGCACGAGCGAGUGGAUGAAGAUACGGUGUUUGUGAUGACUCGGACCGAGGGAGGGUGUGAUUUAUGAGCGAUGACGAUCAUUUCGGUCAUUGGGAGAAGCAUUCAGUGGCACAGCAUGGCAGGGACUCUUAGCGAAGAUGCAUGGCUAACAUAUGGGGUAUCUCUAAAAUAGCAAUGAAACAUGAAUCUAAGCAAACUUGGCCGG